AUGAGUACAGAAACACGCACAUCGCUCACUCGACUAAAGUAUGACGACGGUAUCGAUAUCAACAAUCAAACAGUCGAAAUAGAUCCCAUCGAACAUAUUCGCCGAUGUACAUUGUACAAGAAUAUUGAUAUUUGGUCAUAUUACAAAUCAAUCUAUCCUAAUGUGCGUACACUUGGUGAUGUAUUAGAUCAUGGUCAAGCUCUUUCGAAAGAUGGUCCAUGUAUAGGUCUUGUUCAAUCGGAAAAUAAAACAGAACCUAUUCGUUGGUUGUCUUAUUCAAUGGUAUCAGAAAGAGCACGUUACAUUGGUUCUUAUUUAUGGACAGAAACAAAACUUAUUCCUAUGAAUUCGAAAGUCGCCAUAAUGUCAGUCAAUAGACCAGAGUAUGUCAUUGUUGAAUAUGGUUGUUAUAUGUAUGGUUUUAUUGUGGUUGGUCUCUUCACAAGUUAUGAUUCAAGCACAGUAAUAGAUUCACUUCGAAGGACUCAAUCUGAAAUACUCGUUGUCGAUAAUUUGACACGAAUUCGAUCAAUCGAAAAGCAAUUGCUCGAAAAUGAUCAAAUCAAAGAAAUUAUUGUUAUGGACGAAGUACAAAAUGGUGAACAUAGGAAAAUUCGAAGUUUUUCAUCUAUUUUAAAGGCAAUGAAUAAGACCAAUAUACGUCCACGACCCACCGUUGAUCCAAAUAGUAUUUCUACAUUUCUUUUGACAAGUGGAACAACCGGUGAUCCAAAGAUUGCCAUGUUAACUCACGAUAACUUCACGACAGGAAUGAAGUCUAUAGCUGAUCGUGAAGGUCGAGCCAAUAUCUUAAUGAAUUCCAACGAUCGACAUUGUUCGUUUUUACCUAUGGCACAUCUCUAUGAACAAGCUGCAUUAUUGCUUAUGCUUAGUCAUGGUUGUCAAAUUGUUUUUUGUCCAACUCCUGACAAACUCUUUGAAUACUAUGCAUUCGUGAAACCUACUCGUAUUUAUAUGGUACCUCGGAUUUUGAAUAAGGUAUACGAUAAAGUUAUGAAUGAAGUCAAUAAAAAUAAAGUGAAACGAUUUCUUGUCGAACAAGCAUUACGUAAAGAUGAAUCAUCACUCCUUUCACGUAUUAUUUUUCGAAAAGUGAGACAACUUUUUGGUGGUAAAGUGUCAGUAAUGUUAUCUGCAUCGGCACCAAUUUCACGUGAUGUAUUACAUUUUUUUCAUAUUGCAUUCGAUAUUCCAAUCUAUGAACUCUUUGGACAAACAGAAUCAACUGGUGUGGGAACGACUACACACGUAAUUGAUAAGUCAUGUGGAACAGUUGGAACAUCUUUAUGUACAGUUGAAAUCAAACUAAUCGAUGUACCUGGAACAAAUUAUCGAAGUGAACAUAAUCAAGGUGAAAUCUGUAUUCGUGGACCUAAUGUUUUUAAAGGUUAUUAUGGUGAUGAGAUAAAAACACGAGAAACAAUAGGUGAAGCCAGCUGGUUACAUACUGGUGAUAUUGGUGAAUGGACAGCCAAUGGUACAUUACGCCUUAUUGAUCGCAGCAAACAUAUUUUUAAAUUGAAUCAAGGUGAAUAUAUUGCACCUGAACGUCUAGAAGAUAUCUAUCUUCAAUCUCGAUGGAUUUCUCAAAUCUUUAUCGAUGGUUGUUCAACGGAAACAACAGUAGUGGCCAUUGUUGUACCAGAUGAAGAGUAUGUACUAAAGAAUUUUACUUCGGCAGGAACAAAAACAUUUGAAGAAUUAUGCAAAAACAAUGAGUUAAAACAAUUAAUUAUGACUGAUUUGUUGCGUUUGGCUAAAGAAAAUAAAUUGAAAUAUUUUGAAACAAUGAAUGAAAUUAAUCAAUUAGAACCAAAUGGCUCAACUGCACUUCAUGCUUCUUGCUAUUUUGGACAUCCAGAUAUCGUUAAAGUGUUACUUGAAUGUGGCGCAUCUCGAAGACAACUCAAUAAUAACAAUAAAACACCUGAAGACGAAGCUUGUAAUGAACAAAUCAAAUUACUUUUCCGACGAUCAUUUAACAAUGCAAAUGAAUGA